AUGGCAGGCAAAAGAAAGAGAGGAGCCCAAUGUGGCACCCCUUACGGGUCGUUCGGCCCCAAAAAGGCCAAAAAGGACACCAAGUCGUCCAAACCGAACAUGGAAAAAAAGCCGUUUGCUGAAAUACCCACGGGCGACGAUCGAAGACGGGAAGCAGACCUGUACGAAAUGCUGGGAAGCGAAGACGAAAACGACAGAAUCCGAGCCGCCGACUGUAUUAUUUCAAGUCUUUUCGACGGCCGGGGAGUUUCCGAAGCUGUUCUCCAACGGCAUCUCGAUCGGCGGCUGUUUCGAGGUCUCGCGAGCGGUCGCAAUGCUUCUCGCAUUGGAUUCUGUCUCGUCAUUACAGAAAUUCUGGGUCAGCUGUUUGGUGAGAAGCAUCUCUCGCACACAAACUAUACUGGAUUGUCAUUUGACAAGGUAUUGGGCCUCCUGGCUGAAAAGACUCAAGCUGUGGGCAACAUAUCCGGGCAAGAGGAGCGAGACCACUUCUUCGGCCAGCUAUUCGGAAUUGAGUGCUUUGUCAAGUCUAGAACCCUGUUCAGUGAUAUCUCAAGGUGGAAUCUAGUCCUCAAUCUGUUGCUGAAAUUGGGCAACAAGAAAAUCUGGCUCAGGCCCCAAUGCGGAUGGGUACUUGUCCAGGCUCUCGAGCAGAUGGACCAAGCUGAUGCGGAGGCAACGCUAUCUAGACUUGCGCAGGCUGGUCUGGCAAGGACACCAGAGGGCGUGUCCGCAUGGAUUGUUACCCUCAAUCGCUUCCCUAGUCUUCGACUCGAGCCGUGGAAGAACCCGCUCUCCAGCAAGUCUCUCCCGGAUUUGACUGCAGUUCUCAAAGAGAGCUUCAAGGAAAACGGGAUGGAUGGAAACGAUAAGAGCCAGAAUGGCGGCAAGCAGGCGUCAUGGAGUGCCCAAUUGCACUUCGUUUGGGAUCUUAUCCUGGGGCGCUUUCUUCAUGCCCAACGGGACAACGCAGAGGAGGAUUUUGAACAGUUUUGGAAUCGCGUUGUAGAUGAUGGACUGUUUUCCAAGCAAGCUACAGACGGACAAAAAUUCAAAGGUUUCAUGGUCUUUCAGAAGAUGCUCGAAGGGUUCAUUGAAGAGCCGUUGAAAGUCCAGACACUUUUCAGCCGCAAUUUCAUGUCGUGCCUGCUGAAUCAAGCAUCAAAGGAGGACCGCUACUUGCACCGAGCUGCCAUCAAAGCCUUGAAGUCUAUCGAAGCGGUCGUCUCAGCCCAUCCAUCAUCUCUGGCACCUGUUCUCGCCAGCCUCAUAGGAAAGAAUGGUGCCUACGGUUUCGACCAACGGACAAGUACCAAGACAGUGGAUAGGCUGUUGCAAAAUAUAACUGAAGGAGACGCGGAAGCUGUAUUGACUGUUGUUCAAAAGCCUGUCAAAACUUUGAAACAAAAAGAAGCUGCAGACGCUCAGUCUAUUGUCCGAAUAUAUGCCGAUUAUCUCGCCAAGAUCCUUAAUGCACUCGCCUCGUCACUGCCAGCGGACGAUGAAGAUAACGCCACAAAGGGGUCAUUUGGGCCAGUACUACAGGAACUCGCCGGAUUGGCCUAUGCCCAGCCAAAGGGCAUACCAGAAAAUGCGGUCACUGAACAAAUUCGAGAAACCUGCCGCUCUCGGCUCGAGUCGUCACUCGCAAAACUCGCUCGCUCAAGCAAAUAUGCUUCUCGGUUCUGCGAAGCUGUAGGAUCAAUAGACUCUAGUGCAAAGAUCAUGGCCCCGGAGAUCCUAGAAUCACUGAAUGACGCCUUGGCACGCAUGGGCAAGCUGCUGAAGCGGAAGUCAAAGACGCAAAGCGAAAAGGACGCUGCCCAGGGUCUCGCAAUGCUCCACGCAAUUUCCGCUUUUCAGCUGUACAACGACGAUCCUGAUGCGAUGGAGGUAUUGGACGAUCUUGCCCAGUUCUACGACAGACUUCAUCCCAAGAAGGGAAGCAAACACAGCGGAAAGUGUCAAGGUAGCUCCGAAUUGCUAGUCGAGAUUCUCUUGUCAAUGGUUGCCCGUCCUUCCUCUCUAAUGAGACAGGUAUCUCAACAAGUCUUUGAGGCAUUCUCUGGCCAGGUGUCCGCGGAGGGUUUGGAACUCCUUACGGGGCCACUUGCUUCGGAAGAAAGCACAAAGGGGCAAAAGGAGCUCUUCAAUACAGAAGAUGAUGCCAUGGAUGUCGACGAAAGUGAAGGGCCAGACGAAGAUGCAGACGAAGACGAAGAUAAAGAAGAUCAAGUCGAAGAUGUUGAGGACAACUCAGACUUCGAAAUCGAUUCCGACAUGGAAUUCGUCGAUCUCCACGACGACGCCCCUCCCUCCUCAUCAGAUGAUACCAGCCCUCACAGGAACCAGGGCGAAUGGAACAAGCCCGAGGAACUAGACGACAUGCUCGGAAAAAUCCUCAACUCGCACCGCCUCGACAAAGACGCCGACGCUGCCUCCUCCUCCUCCGAGGGCGACAUGUCUGACUCGCAAAUGUUCGCCCUGGACGAACACCUCUCCGCCGCCAUCGCCCCGCGCAUCAAGUCGUCCCAGUCCGAGGCCAAAAAGGCCAAAAAGGACGCCAAGCAGUCCGUCAUCAAUUUCAAACACCGCAUCCUCGACCUCCUCGACAUAUACGUCAAGAACGAGGCCCUCAACGCCCUGACCUACACCUUGCUCAUCCCGCUGCUGAACCUCAUGCGCACCACGUCCGCAAAACCCCUCUCCGUCAGAGCGUGCGAAAUCGUUCUUGCCUACCAGAGGGGCCUCCGCAAAGCGAGGGCCAGCAAGGAGGCGGGUGACGACGCCCCCGGAGACGACUUGCUGCCUCUGUUGGUGCAAGUCCACGAGGUGGCGGGCAAGGAUAAUUCCCACGCGUACGCCAAGGCUGCUAGCGCCGCCAGCUUGAUCGUGGCCUCGAGCAUUUUUGCGAGCGACAGGAGCCGCAUUCGCGACGUGGCGGGCGUGUAUGCCAGGACGCAGAGCGACUGGGUCCUGGGGCAUGUCACGAUGCAGAGUUCCUUUUUUGCCGACUGGAAUAAUUGGUGUCAGAACCAUGCUUCGCAGAGUCGGGCGUGA